GAAGAUCUUAAAGCAGCCUGACAGAUUUCGCUGUGUUCAUUGCCUAAUUUUUUCACUCGAAUGCGACAACUUUACUUGGCACGCCUAUUCCAAGCACCUGUGAGGUUUUUGACGAUGAAUGUAGAGGGGAAGGGAAUUCAAGCGAAAGUAACGUUGAAUGAUGGCUACCAAAUGCCUUUGUUCGGCCUCGGUGUUUACAACGCGAAUGGCGACGAUUGCCGUAAUGCAGUGAAGUUUGCUCUGCAGAAUGGAUACCGCUUGAUCGAUACAGCAACUUAUUACGAGUAAGUUUGCUUUGCCGGACCAUGUAGUGAUUUUUACUUAUUUACAUCCUUGGUACAUACGGUAAAUGUAUAGUGAGAUGAUUUAUACGAACGGGGAAGCUUCUCCACUGAUUAUGAAACAGACGCACAACUGGGAAAAUACACUUUUCGCUUUUUACAUACGGUAAAUGUAUGGUGAGGUGAUUUAUUCAGUCAGCUCUCUGUAUCAUGUCGCGUAAGACGCGGAGGGUAUAUAUGUACUUCAUACCCACUGCAUUGUGGCUUUAGUACGCUGAAGCUUGCCAUUUUUCUAAUUCUGUUCCUCCCCAUGGCACUUGCGUCGAUGACCUCAGCAGAGCGUAGAGCGCGUGUCACACGUGUCACCGAUGAAUCGUUUCAACUCCAAAGUUUAUUGGAACUUUCCUCAUCGAACGCACACUUUCGUGAUUGACGUGAUUUGUGUGGUUUGACUUAAAACGAUUAAAUGGUAACAGCUUGCUAUGUGCAAAAUCGACGAUAGAAAGAAUUAAAGUGACAGAAACGAAUUUACAUGUUUCCAAGUGGUGAUAAUGGAAAUUUCAUGACUUGAAAAAAUACUGAAAAACGUCUCUUCUUGCGCAAGGUCUGUUGUGAAAUUGUCAUUGUGUAAUGGUCUCGAAAUAUUACAAAGUUAGCCAGAAAUCGUUAGGAAAUAACUCAUUUAAGUCUUUUCAGUUGUAUUUAUAUAUGCACAGCCUGUUUUCAUGCUUUUUAACGUAUUUAAUGAACAAAUUAUGACGUUUGAAAAUAUACCUCCUUUAAAGAGAGAAGUCAUUGUCCAUGGAAAUGGAAAUUAUUUUUACCAAGCUGUUGCUUUCUGAAAGGAUGAAAUAAGUGAUGAAAAACAUGAGGAAAUCCCCUGUUCAAGUGAUGGUUUGUUUGAGAAAAAUCCUAAGGUCUUUGAGCUGCAACUUUUCUUCUCAAACUCCUUGAAGGAUCUUGUCAGGAAAAGCAAGAUCACGGGAAUUCCGGCAGAAACUGUGGACAUAUCAUCGGUUGUGCAUCACUCCUUGAGGGACCAAUUUGUAUCACUCAUCAUCACAAAAGAGAGGGUUCAGUUUUGAGCUGAGUAUUAACACUGAUUCGUUCACAUUCAUCACAACAAAGAAGCAGUGUAGGUGAUUUGGCACUUUAAUGUACAUACUGCAAUAUUUAGUGAUCAAGCAUGCCAUUUCAAUCUCCUGCUGCCUUAAGUUAGCUCUUCUAAUGCUCUUUUGUAUACCAAGCCAUGAAAAAUGCUAGAAGUAGACUUAGCACACGUUCAAAAAACUGGAAUGGCUUAGUUGAGUUAUUCCUUGGGGAUUUGAAGUUAUGUUUUCAAAAUGUCAAGACCAUUACAUGAUGUCAAAUUCAUAAUAGACCUUGUGCAUGGAGACAAGUUAAUUGGUAGAUUUUACUACAUAUUACAUGGUUUUUUAAACAAAAACUUACGCCUUCCUAGUAUCAGAUUUAGUCAAAUCCAUUUCUGAUAAAAGAGCACUGAAAAAGUGAAAAAUCAUUUUUUUGGAUGUUGGAACAACUGUUCACCAUACAUUUCCUUCUAGUGAGUUGCAUUGUUUGCCCCAUGGCGAUCCCAAAAAUCUGUGUGUAAACACAAGGAUCCGGUUCCUGGCAACUCAUUCAUUGCAUGCACUGUGCUUCAUGUGAUUUUUCAGAUGGGAGUGGUGCAUCUUUCCAACUGCAUCCCACAGAAGUUCUCAACCCAGCAGUCUUCAUUCUUUUCCAUGGGACUAAUUCAGGGUUCAUAUUUUACUGACAGUGUAGGUUAAGUGUUCUCAGUUUAAAAGAGUACUUGUAACAAAGAGAAAUCUUGAAAUAUUCCAUUAGUAAUGAAGCUGAAGUUGGACAAGCAAUCAAAGAGUCUGGAGUGAAGAGAGAAGAUAUCUUUGUGGUGACAAAACUCUGGAAUGCUGACCAUGGAUAUGAAGAAUGUUUAAAGGCUUUUAACACAAGCCUGAAAAAGUAAGUAAGGACAAUUUAUUUGGCAAUGAAGAACUGCUUUAGCUGGUGACCAUAAUGUUUGAUUAAAAGUUGAUAUUGUAAGGAGAAAUUAGAUGUUAAUCACUUGUAAGGGGAGGGUUCUUCCUCUUGUGGUAAUUUUUUGUAAGUGGGAAAAUUCUUUAUAUGAAUAAAGAAUAAUGAAAAUAGAUGGAGGCUGGCAAGUUUGGUUUUGAAAAACUUUCCAUGAGUCCUCCUGAGCUUUGUAAAUAGUCAAAUGGUUUGGCUUGCUUGAGUGGGAACUUUCACAUGAUUAUCUGUUCAUCCAGUACCAAAUUCUUUGAACUGACAUCAUAAGAAUUGUAUAGCAGAUGGUAAGGAGAAUUACUAAUAAGAUCUUGGGAGUAGAAGAGUAGAAAAUUGUCAGACUCAAUAUUGCCAAAGUGAUUGUGACUUCUGAUUUUAUUGAACUUUUUUUGCAGGCUUGACACUGGCUACAUUGAUUUGUAUCUUAUUCAUUCACCCAGCCCUGGGGGCAAUGUCGACUCAUAUAAGGCCAUGCUAAAGCUUCAGGAAGAAGGUGUUUUAAGGUGAUCAGUUAUAUGCUAUUAUAUGAAGAGUGACAGGAAUAUUUCUAUAUGUAAUACUUUUUUUUUUGUCUGUCAAACAAGAACUUUAGCAGGCUCUCCUAUGUCACAAAGUUGUGCAUCAAGCUUCAUUCCCCUCUCCCUUCCCCUUUCUGGGCUACCUGUGGGCAUGUGAGUGUUUAAGUCCACUGCCCUGGGGGUGGGGAAUUUGAACCAUGCCUGGGUGCGGUGGGAAAUUUGAACCAGCAGAAUGAAUAUGUUUUAAAUAUAGAGGAGUUAAAAGGUAAAGAGUCUGUUUCUGUGCACAAAUGGAUAAGAAGAAAUUUGAAUGAUGCUUACAAGCAAAAGACCCUAUUCUGCAGUGCCAAAACUAAUAUGUGGCUUCCCUAGAUUUUACAACAUUUGUGAUCAUACAAAGAUUCAUUCAUCAAAAAAUUGUGCUUGAAUACAACAUUUGAAUGCAACUUUGGCUAAUGGGGAGGGUAGGGGCAAGAGUUUGAAUGCACCAAUCUUCAAAAAAUUAAAUGCCCAGUUGGUUGCCCCAAAGGGGAUGUGGAAGCUUUGAUUGACAAAUAACUUUAGAAUUUUUGUAUGAAGUCUUUUGUGUGAAUUUGAUAGUAAGUCAUUUAUGUCUUGCAAUUAAAUGUACUUGCAGUACAUUACAGGUGACCUUUGGACAGUGAGUCAGCAAGUAGUGCUGUCUCACCUACUGGACAAAAAGUAGAAAAUAACCAGAGGUUGUAUAAUAAUGCUAGAUGGUAGUGUUGCAGAAUAUUUGUCUUACAUGCAAAACAGAAAACCUGCCUCAUCCCGCAUAUUUAUGAGUACCCUGUUCCACAAGAGAGAGAUGAUUUUAGAAUAUAUUAUAUCACUGACAUUCAACUAAUAGUUAAAUGGUAACAAAUUAUGAUAUUAACAACAAUAAUAAUGAUAUCAAUAGUAAUAUAUUAGUAAUUUAUAGGAGCCCUACUCGAAAGCCUCAUGGCUCCUCUAUCUUCGGGAUUCCAACAAUGAUUACCUAUGCUUCUUUUCAUUUCGCCUGUUAAUUAUAAAAUAAGAAAUUAUUUAUUCUAUUCCAAGCAUAUGUGAUCCAUUUCCAUUCCUGAGAAUUUUGUUUUAUACAACAAAUUCGGCGUUUAGGAUAUUCCGUCAUUUCACGUCUUCUGAUAUUUCGAUAUUUCAAGGUAUCGUUUCUCGCUGCUUGCUCGCUUCGCAAAUUUGGUGGCUCUUUUCGGCAUAAGUCGCUGAUAAAAUGCUUUCUCUUCAUAUAAAAAAGUUUCCCUUUAAGUUUCACCAUGCGCCGAUCACACCUAUCAAGAUAUUUCAGCAAGGAAAAAUUUUGUUGUUAUAGCAAGCAAUCCUGAAAUGAUUGCGAGAUGUUUACGUCUCACUUGGUGUCACGGUAAGAACUAAAGCCAUAAUGCACUAGUGGCUAAAAGCCAGAAAUCACAAAAGGAGAGAACUCAACUAUGUGUUGAGUGCGAAUGUCGAACUACUAAGAUACUCCGAAACAAAUGAUAAGUAGCACCGGGAAACUCGGGUCAAAAUUGGGUCAAGAUCGGAAUUCUAUUGUUACACAUCACUUGCUCCUCUCGACGACGUACGUGGCUUCGCCAUUUAUUACCAUAAUGGGGAUUUCAAAUGAUGUUAAUUGUGGCGUAAAAAUGUUUGCUGGUUCUUUCUUCCCUUUGUUCUCUUAUUGUUUCACUCGUUCUAAUAAUCAUUUUCCUUCGUGUUGAUUCAUUACUUAACCUUGAAUUCUUUGUCUUGUCGUUUCAUUUAAUAUGUCUUUUCGUUCUUUCUUUUACUUACGUAUUGACUUAUUCACUCGCCUUCUCAUUUAUCUCAUUAUUAUUUCUUCAGUUUAUUCCAAAUAAUGUUUCUUCCUUUCAUCAAGGUCUGCUGGAGUGUCCAACUUUGGUGUGAAUCAUCUUAAAGAGAUGGAAAAGGCAGGUCUCCCGAUACCAGCUGUCAAUCAAAUCGAGCUUAAUCCUUUUUGGCGAUUAGAUGACAUUGUCAACCACUGUCUUGAAAAAGGCAUUGCACCAAUGGGUUACUGUCCAUUGUUUCGUGGCAGGAAAAACAAUGAUCCAGUUUUAAUCGAAAUGGCAAGUAGGUGAGUAUAAAAGUACCUCUACAUGCAGAUCCAUUGGAUCUUUUCACUUUCCGUCACCUCCAUUGCACUGGGUGCCCAAUAAAAAACAGUUUUGCAAGCUGCAGUUGGUAAAAAAUUAGGAAUAUGACCAUUUGCAGGGUUUUUGUUAUUUAGCAUCCCUUAAUCUUGUACACCCUUACAUCAGUAUGUGUAUUCUCCAAACUGUUCUCCAUACACUUCCUAGUGUGUUGACAAGGAGAAUUUGUUUAGCAAUCGAGAGCUUCUUUAGUUGGUGAUCAUUUCCUUCACUCUUGUGACCUUAACGUGUGAUUCAGGGGUGAUAUUAUAAGGAGGAAUUAGAUGAUACUUACUCUUGGGGGUCAAAGGGGUCAAUAAUUGGAAAAAAAUAUUGCUGACGUGUUAGGACGAAAGGAACUAACAACUUAUCCUAAGACGCCAACAGCGGAUAAAGCCAAAUGUGUAUAAAGGCUGGCAUGGGUGUGCUCGCUACCGCUAUAAUCAAUUCCUCAAUUUUUUAAAAUCUUUACCUAAAAUAGGAAUUUUUUGAUAGGUUACUCGUACUCAAAUUUCAAGCUUUCAAUGUUCCUUGCGUGUCCCGCAAUGCCUCCCCAGGAGUACAGCCUAAGUUAAGGCUCAAGAUAGUACGAUCAAAUUGUUUACGACAUAAAGCGUGUACUGGUCUGGAAAUUUAUAUCAGAUUUCAUUUUCAAAUAAUCUCUCUGCCUCUUUUAGGUACAAUAAAACUAUUCCACAAGUCCUCAUCCGGUGGAGCGUGCAGAAAAAUUACAUCACCAUUCCCAAGUCCAGUAAACAAGAGAGAAUUUUAGAAAAUGGAGACAUAUUUGACUUCACUAUCAGCGAAGAAGAUAUGAAAACUUUGGUAAGAAUAGAUUGAAAUGGGUUUAAAAUUCUCCACUUUUGCAAGAAAGCUAAGACGGUAGACAGAAAGUUGUCACAAGUUUUGCACCCUUCGUCUACGCCAAUACAAAGGAAACUUAUAGUACUGAAUAACAAAAGCAAAUGACUUGCGUAUUUGUUUUCGACCGUGCGUGCUAAAAAAUCGAAUAUACGUGUCAGACUAGCCUGUGUCUUAGCGUAUGAAAUUUUGGUUGCGCUGUUAACAUAAACGCGAGCGGUUCUGUAUUUUGGCCACGCUUGCCCCACAAUGUUUUUAAAUGAGUGCUCUUAUCUUUAUAUAUAUAUAUUAUUCAGAAGGGUAGUGUUCUGAGCUCUGGGGAGAUUCCCCAAUUUUCUUGUUGUUAACCUCUUAGUGCUUGAAUUUAACAGUUUUUUUAUUUCUUUCGGAUGCAAACGCUUAUAGCCUGCGCGACAGGCACAUCGUUAGGCCGAGGCAAACACAAGGUUAGCGCGUGGGGCGCGUUACGCUCCUCUCUUCGCGCUAGUCUCAAUCCUUGCUCUCUUCAUGCGCUCUCUUUGCGUUCGCCUGAAAACGCAAAAAAAUGAGGCGCCGGUCGCGCAGGCUUAAACGCAUGAGGACAGUAAAGCAUACAACAAGCGUUUAGUCCCAAACCUAACCCUUAUUAGUCUGUAUAUACAACUGAGUCUCAUUAGUAUUGCUGAAAACGGGACUAAGCACAAAUGGCUGUAUGGGGCUGUGUCUGAGGUCAUACGAGGCGUAUGUAACUUUGAUUCUCUUUAGAUGAGGUACUUAAUGAUCAUGUUACUUAUACAAUCGUAUUUCAGGAUAAUAUGCCCGCAGAACAGUGCACUAACAUGAAGGAUAUCACAAACUCACUAUGGAGAGGUUAACGUCGAGUUUAUCAAGCCAUUCACGAACGGGGAAGCUUCUUCACUGAUUAUGAAACAGACGCACAAUUUGGAAAAUAUUGUACACUUUUUUGCUGUGGUUUAAUUACCCCUAGGCUUGUUUAUGAGCCUUUCUAGGGACCGUGCAUAAUCAUGCAUGUUUUCUUCACGAAAAUUUUUUUUUUUGAUCUGCUAGCCAAUGUUGAUUCAUUUAUUUCAGAGCUUUGUGAAAAUCUUGCACAUCGAUAUUAGUAAUUUUUUUAAGGCAGGUUAGUAGGGCGCUCAACCCUCUUGAUGCUACGCUCUUCCAUUUCAAUUAGGACGACAUCCUAAUUAGGACGAACUGAUGAGUUUAUUUUCUCUUGUUACCCGUUUGUUAAAUAAUGUCUUGAUUUUGUCAGGAGGGUAGUAACAGCUUGAUUGCUUCUCGGAAUUAGAGGGGUUGAUUAAUUUUUUUUCCAAAUCUUAGCAUGAUAACGUAGGUAAUCUUUUGUAAUGAAACGUUUACAUGCUAACAUUAACGAUCUCAUCUCGAUUCAUUCACACAGAAUUUUUGUAUAUGAAAUAGCUGUCCAUGCAGUUCAAAUUGUGGAACAUUAGUUUUUCUUCCUUGGAUACCCCUCAGUGUGUUGGUGGGAUGUGCCGCCCGGUUCUUGCCCCUAUUUCAGACCGAAACAUACCAUUUCCAUUAUUCCGUUUUCAGACUCGGCGCCCUGUUUCUCAAAAGUUUCGUGAAAUCAAAUUUAUUGCCAAAAACCUGAGCUACAUUUGUAAAACUUCUCUUUAAUACAUCUUUAGUUGACAGACACCUCCAUUCAAAUAACGAAAACUUUGGGCCAAACUGAAAAAGUUCUUCUGCAACCUUUAAUGAGAAAACAUCUCUAUUUAGGGGACACUUUAUU